AUGCCACGGACUUUGGAUGUGGAGGCAGAUAUUGCCUCCAGCACAUCGCAGUCUACCAUUCAAGAUGACAAGAAGACAUAUCAAAUCACCAACAACCAAUCACCAUCCAUUACCAGUGGAUCUCAUCGGAGCGUAUCCUUUUCGCAGCACAACGGGAUCGACAACACUAGUGAUUCUGUUAACGGCCGAAUAACAACAGAGAAGGGCAAACAAUGGAAAAGCACAUCCGGCGGUGACCAUAAGUUCCGGUGGUCAUCACUUUGGCGAAGAGCCGAAAUCAACCCUUUAAAUGGAAAAAGUCUUACAUUUCCUCUUUUUCGAGUAUGGGACGACUCCUAUUCCCAAGCGUUCUGGCUCGCUACUCUAGGAUUCUUUGUGGCCUUUCUUUCUUGGUUUGCUUUUUCUCCGCUUGUUCCUGAGGCUGUGAAGACGGAUCUAAACCUCACCCAAGAUCAAGUUACCAACUCCAACCUGGCUUCUCUUGGUGGCACGGCCCUUGUCCGUCUCAUUGCUGGCCCAGCUUGUGAUAAGUUUGGUCCUCGAAAAGUACUGGCCGCCCUACUCAUUCUGGGUGCAAUCCCAUCCGGCUUCGCGGCGUUGGUAACGAAUAUUCAAGGCCUAGAGGCGGUGCGAUUUUUCAUCUCUAUCCUUGGCGGUACCUUUGUUCCAACCCAGGCGUAUACAACUACCUUUUUCGAUAAAUCCAUUGUUGGUACAGCAAACGCGUUUUCCGGUGGCUGGGGUAACCUAGGUGGUGGUGUUACUGUUGCUGUGAUGAUCGGACUAUACCAGCGAUACAUUAAGGCCGGUUUAAGUUCCCACCUCUCGUGGCGUCUCUGUUUUGUUACGGUUCCCGUACCAUGCCUUGUCCUUGUCGCUAUCAUCAUUUUAAUAUUCGGAAAAGACCAACCGGGUGGUAAAUGGUCAGCUCGCCGAAAACUCCAGACCACUGUUAUGGAGGAAGGCAGAGGGAAACAAAAUGGACUGAGACUUCAAGGAGCUGCCACUCAAGAACAGAUAAUUGUGGAUUCUGGCGACGAACUUACCCCAAAUUCCACCAACCCCAAACCACUGAAUGCGACAUCUGGAGAGCAGCCUACCCAAGUUAGUGUUGAGAGUGCACAUUCUGAGCCGUUGACAAUGGCAGCGCUGCUCGCCAUUCUCAUCGAUCUCCGCGUCUGGGCGUGCGCUAUGUGCUAUUUACUCACUUUUGGUCUCGAGACAGCAAUGGACGCGGCUCUCCCUGGCUUAAUUUUUAGUUUGUUUUCCAGCGAGACAUUUACCAUCUCUGAUGCCGCUUAUGCAGCAUCAACCUACGGUCUUAUGAACUUGUUUGCUCGGCCGAUGGGUGGAAUUAUAUCAGACAUUCUCUACGCUCGAUUUGGACUGCGAGCUAAGAUGUACUGGCUCCUAGGUACAGCUCUCUCACAAGGAAUCGCAAUGAUCGGCCUAGGAGUCUACAUAAACAAAAAUCAUGCAACUAUCGGCGGCGUCAUUGGUUUUAUUGUGUUCAUUGCAAUCACUGGCUUUGCAGCCAAUGGCGCCUGUUACUCAAUCUACGGCCAUCUGCGGCCAAAGAACAUCGGUGCUGUUGCAGGCAUUGUUGGUGCUGGCGGCAAUAUUGGCGGUCUGUUUUACACCUUAAUAUUCAAGUAUCAACCAGGAGUUCGGAAAAAGUUUUGGAUUGCAGGGCUAUUCAACGCGGUGGCUGUCGUGCCACUUUUCCUUGUGCGGUUGGGCGAUGCCGUAUGA